AGUUCAACGGCAACAGUCAAACGAGAAGCACGAAAAAUUUUUUUGGUACGCGACGAGACCAAAUUGUUGCCAUAGCAGAAGCAGAAGAAGAAGAAGACGAGAAGCGCGCCACGCGCCAUUCGAAACGAAAGACUUAGGCGACAAACUUGAACUUGUCUAGUGUGCAGUGCAUUAUUUGUGAAUUAUUAACAGUUACCCUAUUCGUUAUCCGAGACCAAGACUAGUUCAUCAUGAUACGCACAAGAAACGCGUGUCCUCUGCUGCUGCUACCGCUGCUGCUCGCCGCCCUGCUGCUGUUGUGCAAUGAGUCAGCGUCCAUUGCGAUAGCGCCCUCAACAUUUGGCACGGCUAUAGCCAGAGCUGGAAAGAUUUCCAAUACGUUAAAGGUAUAUCAGUUUAGUAUGGGGCAAUAUAAUCUGCCCACCAUCUGUCAAGUGUUAUGUAUCAUAAUUGAAGAUUUGAGUCAGGAGACGAUGGCCUGGAAAACGCUGACCUCGCACCCCAAUUCGCUGGUGCACUUGCUGCCUUCGCGUGCAAUGCGAGUGGUGCAGGAGGUGGUGCGAUCUCUACGGAAGGAUCGCGAAAUUGUGGCUAGCACCACCUUGGGCAAGGUGCGAGGCCGCUUUCAGAAGUACCGAUCCGGUGAGAGAGGGGGCUACUAUAGUUUCAAGGGCAUGCGAUAUGGUGCAGCGCCCAUUGGAGCCAGAAGAUUCCGCGCAGCAGAACCGGAGAAGCCGUGGUCUGGCGUGAGAGAUGCUUCGAGAGAGGGUCAGAGUUGUCCGCACAAGAACAUGAUACUGGACACCUUCAAGGGCGAUGAGGAUUGCCUUUAUGUAAAUGUUUUCACCACUCGCAUGCCCAAGGAGGAUGACCUGCAACCCAAGCUGCCUGUGAUGGUGUGGCUGCAUGGCGGUGGCUUUUCCUUUGGCUCUGGUAACUCAUUUCUUUACGGACCUGACUAUUUGGUUGCCGAGGAUAUCGUGCUAGUCACUAUGAACUAUCGACUUGGCCCCUUGGGUUUUCUGACAGCCGGACCCGAUGCGCCAGGCAAUCAAGGUCUUAAGGAUCAGGUGCUGGCCCUUAAAUGGGUGCGCGAUAAUAUAGCCGCCUUUGGCGGUGACCCUGAGCAGGUGACAGUCUUUGGCGAGUCUGCUGGGGCAUCUUCGGUGCAGCUGUUGCUGCUCUCGCCACUGGCCAAGGGUCUGUUCCAUCGAGCCAUCUCACAGAGCGGUUCUGCUUUAAAUCCCUGGUCAAUGGCAGCCAGUUCGGGACAUAGAGCAGCGCGGCUGGCGGCCAAUCUUGGCUAUGUGGGUGCUAACGAUACUGAGGAAAUCUUAGACUUCUUGCGUCGAGUGCCAGCCAUGAAGCUGGUUGAGGCAGCACCCACCACGAUAACCGCGGAGGAUCAGCGCAAUAACAUUGGCCUGCCAUUUGUGCCUGUGGUGGAGGGCUAUUGGAAUCAGAAUUCGCGAGAGGAGCAAUUCCUUGAAGAACCCUUUCUCACCGAGCACCCAAGCGAUAUGUACAAGGAGCACAACUUCAACACUCAGAUACCCUAUAUGACGGGUUAUAACACCCACGAGGCCAUGCUCUUUAUAAGAAGAUUACGCAAGAAUCCACAGCUAUUGAAUAUCAUUGAGAAUGACUUUGGACGUUUGGUUCCACAAGAUCUGAACGUGACCCAAGUCCAUGAUAGAGUUACGCGCGAGAUACGCUCCUUCUAUCUGGGUAAUAAGCAUGUUGGGCUCGAGUCUGUGGAUGAAAUGAUAGCGCUGCUAACUGAUCUCAUGUUCCUGCAAGGCAUCCGGCGCACAGCUCGCAAUCAUGCCAAGUUUGGCAAUGCUCCCGUUUACAUGUAUCGCUUCUCCUUCGAUGGGGCUUUAGGUCUAUAUAAGCGCAUGCUGGGCAUUCCCCGGCCAGGUGUUUGCCAUGGCGACGAGAUGGGCUACCUCUUCAAAUUUGGAUUCUUCAAUUUGAGCCUGGACCCAAGGUCCAUGGAAGUGCAAGUCAAGAAUCGCAUGGUGCGAAUGUGGGCAAACUUUGCCAAAUACGGUUCGCCCACCCCCAACAUUGACGAUCCUAUACUGAGCACGAAGUGGGCCCCAAUUGAUGCCGCGAAUGUUAUGAACAGUCUCAACUAUUUGGACAUUUCAAGUGAACUAAAUAUGAGAACAAAUCCUGAGUCGGAGCGUCAGCGAUUCUGGGAUGAAAUGUAUGAACAUUACAAUGGUGUUGCUAUGUAAUGCUUCAGGACUUGAUCGACAUAUUUAUGUAUAGGCAUCACCAGCACAUUGCUCAGCUAAACACACCCACACCCACACACACACACACAUACAAACAUACAUACACACACAUUUUGUAAACAUUUUGCCAUUUUGUGAAAGAGUGAGCAGAAAAGAAUAUUUAAUGCAAAUUUCAUUUUAAUAUUAUCGUAGUUUAUAAUAGUUAGUAGCUAUAUUUUUCUUAGCAUAUAGUUUGUACAUAAGUGUUGCAGCAUUUAUACAUACAUAUUUACACAAACAUAUAGCCACAUCCCAAUAUAUAUACAAAUCCUUAGUAUAAGAAAUGUACUUUUAGCACACCCAAAGCCAACAAACUUUUCCUUACUUCAUAUGCAAUAUCAGGUGUACAUAGUCAGAAUUUAAUCGAGCAUAUUCCAUAUCAAAUGUUAAUUCGUCCAACAUAUGUGUUAUUUUGGAGUAUUCCUGGACACGUUUUGUAUCGUAUUUAAAAUAAAUCACAUUAACUGUUAAACAAUUUCGAUUCAAUUUAUUAUAGUUGUCAAGUAAAGUUGGAAUUUUGGGGUAUUUUAA